AUGAGCGACCCUAGACGCGAUGCCCCGCCAUCGCUUACUUCAACCGCAGCCAUAACCACAACUGCAACGGUCCUGCCUACGCCAAACGGACAUGCCAAAGGCGACGAUGUUCCCGAUGCUGGUCUAAGGAGUCUCGAUCACUACAAGCGCGCUCUGCCGAAAUGGCGAUACGACCUGCGCCAGCAGUUGCUGCCCCUGAUCCGAUGGGAGACGCCCUACCUUGCCUGGAUGCAGGAGAAGAUGCGAACUCCAGCUCUCGAUAGUUACUUUGCUAUUACUGCCAACCUUGGAACCCAUACCUUCUUCAUGAUCGGGUUGCCCAUUUGCUUCUGGUGCGGAUAUGCCGCCUUUGGAAAAGGGCUCGUUCACAUUCUUGCUCUUGGAGUCUUUUGGACUGGCUUCAUCAAGGACUUUUACUCGCUUCCACGCCCGCUGUCGCCUCCUCUACACCGAAUUACCAUGUCCGGUUCCGCAGCCCUCGAGUAUGGUUUCCCUUCGACCCAUAGCGCCAAUGCCGUCUCUGUCGCUGUCUAUGCGCUCCUGAUAUUGCGCAGUCCCGAGAAUACACUUCCCUCAACCACAAAGUUUGCAUUGGAAUGUCUCUCAUACUUUUACGCUGCCUCGAUUAUAUUUGGACGUCUCUAUUGUGGCAUGCACGGCUUUUUGGAUGUCAUUAUUGGAUCAAUCAUGGGUGCUGCCAUUUCUCUCCUUGAAUUCUACUAUGGACCUCCUCUCGACGAAUAUAUGCACUCGAGUUCCUGGAUUGCGCCUUUCGUGGCCGCUUUAAUUAUCUUAGUACUUGUGCGGAUUCAUCCAGAACCGGCAGACGAUUGUCCAUGCUACGACGAUAGUGUUGCUUUCGCCGGUGUCCUCAUUGGCCUCGAGUUUGGUACUUGGACAUACGGUAAGAUUGCAAUCGACCCUUGGGAGACUCAUGCGCAUGGCGGAGGAGCUGUGGAUAUUACACACUUGAGCUUGAUUACCAAUGUGGCUAGAAUUGUAUUUGGCGUUUUGGUGGUGUUUCUUUGGCGUGAAACCAUGAAGCCCUUGCUGCUUAAGCUUCUGCCUCAUUUAUUCCGAAUCAUUGAGCAGGUUGGCAUGAAUAUGCCUCGGCGAUUCUUCACUCCUGCCAGUAAAUACAAGACGGUCCCGGCAGGCUCUCGUAUCGAUACUCUUUUCCCGUCGCCGUCCGACUUCCCGCGCAUGGUUGAGAGUAUCCGAAACCCUACAACCCGAGGUCGCUCUGUGUCAAUUGGACCCCAGAGUGCUGCGGAUGCUUACGAGACCUUGGCUUAUAGGGAGCGCAAGCGACGUGAAAGCGUCAGCAGCAACCAUAGUUUGAACAGCAAGUCGAGCAACGUCGAGCUCCAGAACGCACACGAGGACCAUUCAGGAAAGGGUGCUCAGACUUCUGGCUCGCAGCCUCAACGUAUUGUCGAGUAUGAGCAAAUGAUGGGAACCGGCGAGGUCGUUAUGACACCCUCUGCCGAGGACGACCGGGUUGGUAUAUUUGUUACAAGCCCAGAAGACAGGUUGGGCGAAAAAGAGAUGUUCUCGCAGUUGAUCAAGCCCCGUGUACGAUAUGACGUCGAGGUUGUAACCAAGCUUGUCGUGUACACUGGUAUUGCUUGGUUUGCAGUGGCUAUUAUCCCUAUAAUGUUUGAGCUAGUUGGUUUAGGGACGAAUCAACUACGCGAGCAAUGA